UCUUAUGACCCCCAUCUCUCGGGCAAGCAGCACAUGUAUACUCUCUGCAAAACUGCAGCUGUCCAAGAGCGGACUACUUGAGCGAUACCUGCUGUUUGUUUCCUGAGAAAAUAAGAGAGGAAAGGAGAGUGAGAAUUAAAGAGCGGAACAAAUGGCCGUGGGUGGUUUCGCUGUCGAUGGACCUCUGGCCGUCACUGGCGUUGACGGGAAGAUAACAGUUUCGGUGGUUAUAACGUGCAUCGUCGCCGCGUCUUGCGGCCUCAUAUUUGGUUAUGACAUCGGAAUUUCAGGAGGAGUAACUACCAUGGCACCAUUUCUGAACAAGUUUUUCCCAGAAGUGCUGAGAAAGGGAGGGCCCCCAAAAAACAUAUAUUGUGUGUAUGAUAGCCAGGUUUUGACAGCAUUCACAUCCUCCCUCUACAUAGCGGGGUUGGCUGCGUCGCUUGUGGCCAGCCGUCUGGCCAGGACUAUCGGCCGCCGGAAUGUUAUGCUUCUGGGUGGCUGCACCUUCUUUGCUGGGUCUGCGAUCAAUGGUGGCGCUGUCAAUGUUGCCAUGCUUAUUUUGGGCCGUAUCUUGCUCGGCUUUGGGGUUGGUUUCACAAACCAAUCUGCUCCAAUCUACCUCUCAGAGAUUGCACCACCCAAGUGGCGAGGUGCAUUCAGCACAGGCUUUCAGUUCUUCAUAGGAAUUGGGGUAGUGGCAUCCAACUGCAUAAACUACGCCACCGCCAAGCACAGCUGGGGCUGGCGUCUCUCCCUCGGCCUCGCCAUAGUCCCAGCCACCAUCAUGACUGUUGGCGCCCUUUUCAUUUCGGACUCACCCACAAGCUUAGUAGAACGCAACAGGGUCGACCAAGCCAGAAAAUCCCUAGUCAAAAUCCGAGGCAAGAACAACAUCGAGGAGGAGCUGGCCCUUCUUAUCAAGGCCAGUGAAGUUGCCAGAACCCUCAAUGAGGAGCCUUUUGUGACCAUAUUUCAGAGGCAGUAUAGGCCUCAGCUUUUGAUCGGUGCGCUUGCUGUGCCGUUUUUCCAGCAGCUUAGUGGGAUCAAUAUCAUUGCCUUCUAUGCCCCUGUUUUGUUUCAAUCUGUGGGUUUUGGCAAUGAUUCUGCUCUUAUUGCUUCGAUUAUACUUGGGUUGGUGAAUCUUGGUUCGAUCCUUGUGUCUACGUAUAUGGUUGAUCGGCAUGGUCGGAGGUUUUUGUUCAUGGAGGGUGGCAUCCAGAUGGUCAUCUGUCAGGUUGGUGUGGCUAUAGUUCUGGCAGCUACGACAGGUACGGAUGGCAACGGCCAUAUCUCAAAGGGCUAUGCCGUACUAGUUCUUGUAAUGAUGUGUUUUUAUGCUGCUGGUUUUGGUUGGUCAUGGGGACCUUUGAGUUGGCUUAUCCCAAGUGAAAUAUUCCCCAUGAAAAUUCGACCCACAGGCCAAAGCAUGGGGCUAGCAGUAAACUUUGCCACCACGUUUGUUCUCUCCCAAACCUUCUUGUCCAUGUUAUGCCAUUUCAAAUACGCCACAUUCUUGUUCUACGGCGGUUGGAUUCUGGUGAUGACCAUUUUCGUUGCGCUCUUCCUGCCGGAGACUAAAGGAAUCCCGCUGGAUCAAGUUCACACAGUGUGGGCGAAGCAUUGGUAUUGGCGCCGGUUCGUUGAAGGUAGCCCUAAGGUUAACGCCGAUGAAAAUGAGUAAAGCUAGGGAUGCCAAAGUAGAACUCAAGAUUUUUCGCUUCAAAUGAUGCAGUUGUGCUUCACUUGUUCAUAUUUGAUUUCACCUUGAACCUCGUUUGUUCGUAAUAGCUAAAUCGUCAUAUCGUAAUAUGCCACGUUGUUCGGUGACUCCAAUUUGGUAUUUUUGUUUUCUUUUUUCCGGUCAACCAAGUAUUAUAUUCGAAUGGAAAUCAUCCCAAUGUGUUAAUACAGUUUUUAAGAGUAAAUGAAUUGUAUUUCCUAGCUA